GAAACCAUCUAUAGUACGCCAUCAUCAACUACUAGGAAAAGUCAAUAAGAUUUUUCUCUGAAAACUUUUAGUAUUUUUAAUUAGUUUUUGAUAUUGUAGAGUGUUUAAGGGCCUUACUCAAGCCAGAGGUUCUAAUAGCAUCUAAAUGUAAUUUGAGGAGAAUCAACGUGACUAGAUUCACCUGCCUUAACUACAGUGGUGUCCCGCAGUAUCACGUUCCUAAUUUUUUCACUUCAAUUUCAGUUUCAACAGAGUUGUAGUCAUCACAGAAAAGUUCUGAUAUCGACUGAAACGGUGGCAAAGAGAUUUAAGACAUCUUUGAUUUACUACACAGGUAAGAAACGGAUAUUUAUUAAAGUAAGUAUACCUUUUCUUUUAUAUUGACGGCCGGGAAGUGCUAAAAAAACCCAGUGUGCAAACGCUAUAUGAAAAUGGAAGUAUGUAAGUAUAUGAACCAUCGUAAUAUCGUAGUUCCCGCCAUUUUGAAAGACCGUUGUCAUUAUGAUUUUUCCCGAGAUUUCUCAAAAAUUCUCGUAAUACCGAGAACUUGUGGAAGGAAAAGAAUAAUGUGAACAUUGGAUUACCAUAAUUCAAUGGAUAUUUGAAUGAUUUUAAUAGAUAUUAGAUUAAAUUUUCAUAAUAUAUAGUGAUAUUAAUUUUAUAAAAAAGACUUCAAAAAUCCAUUGUUACAGUCGAUAGAAUUAUAAAGUAUCGUGACUAUCGCAGAAGAUAAUCGAUACUUCUUACAAUACAAUCGUUUUGUCAACGCAUGUUUGAUAUUUAUAUCGAUAGUUUCGCAUCACUCCGAAGAAGAACCGUCCGUCAGUCGAAUUGAGACCGUAUAAAGAGAUAGACUGUGUUACUUUGUCGCAGAUAUUUCGCUUCAUCAACACUACAUAAAAUUUUUGCCAUCGGAAAGCAUUGUGCUCUCAGUAUUCUAAUACAUUUCUGUACUCAUUUGCCAUUGUAAUUGGUGUAAAUUAUAAUAAAAGUGCACAAAAUUAGCGAUUUUGGCGCCUAGACGAAUCUUUUCUUCAGGUGACAGUGGCGGCGAUGUGAAAAUCUCUCCCUGAGAGAGAAGGUGAGAGAAGAGAGAGCUGUGUGAAACAGUGAAAAAUGUCUGUAAAUCACAUAAAAGUGUCUGAGUGAUACAUUUUAUCUGAUUUUCUGUGUGAAAAAUCACUUAGAAAUACCAUUUUGGUACCAAUCUGUGUGGCUUUUGUGUGUGCAUUAGUCGAGUGAAAGACGAAGAAAGUACCCCCCACUACAUUUCUCUCUUGCGACUGGAAAUUGAUGCAUUUGACAGCUGCUCUGUUGAGUGAGCAGGACAACUAGUGGGUUGUAUGUGCAUUGAGGAACAGUGAGUGGGAGUGAGAUAGAGAGAGACAACCGACCAUCUUGAAACCCCAACGUCAAAUGGCUUUUCCCCAAUUUUCCCCUGGUCUGCAAUUAAUACCGAAUUAAUUGAAUCAAAUUCUCUCUUUUGGGCCAAGUCUUGUUCUCUUGUGUGUCGGCGUGUGUGCGUUUUCAAUUAAUUGGGUACGCCAGCUGGGCAAGAGAGCUGAGAGAGAAAAGAACACCAAGUGGUGGUGGAGAGAGAAAAUUAUUGAGAAUAUUUAUUGAGUACACUGGCGCCGCCUAGAGAAAAUUCAAUUUUGACUAAAGACAAGAGUGAGAUGGACAGUGUGUGCGAGUGAAAGGGGAGAAAAAUUAUCGCGCGCGUUUUUUUUCUUCUGCAUUUAUUCAGCCAAGACGUCAUAUUAAUCACAAUCCACGGCGGGAAGAUUGUAAUUCUGGCAUUUUGUCAGCUAGUAUAGAGAUUAAAAGAGAAACAGUGAAAUCUUUUUUUGUUGAGAGCUCUUCUGAGGAUAUCAGUGAUUUUUUUUUGCAUCUCCGGGAGGCAAUUAAAUGCUUCAAUCGGCGAAUUUCAGUGGUGCCGUGUGAGAAGCCACUCGAAAAGAAAAACGUCUAGCCAAGUGCUGAGGAACGAGUUUUUCAUCGUCAUCAAGAAAUAAAAAAGAAAAACACCUUGAUUUGAGCAAUUAGUCAUGUAUCCGACACCGGCUCGACAUCCACCAGCCGCGGGACCACCGCCUCAAGGACCCAUAAAAUUCACAAUAGCUGACACACUGGAGCGGAUAAAGGAGGAAUUUAAUUUUCUACAGGCACAGUAUCACACAUUGAAAUUGGAAUGUGAGAAAUUGGCCGGUGAGAAAACAGAGAUGCAGAGGCAUUAUGUUAUGUAUUAUGAAAUGUCUUAUGGACUGAAUGUUGAAAUGCACAAACAGACGGAAAUAGUGAAGCGCCUAAAUGCCCUAAUUAAUCAACUGCUACCGUUUCUGGCGCAAGAACACCAACAGCAGGUCAUCCAAGCGGUGGAGAGGGCCAAACAAAUUACCGUGCCUGAGCUGAAUGCAAUAAUUGGGCAGCAGCAUCAACAGGGACUUCAGCAACUUAUCCAACAAAUUCAUGCUCAGCAACUGCCCGGCGCCCCACCACAGCCAAUUCCAUCACUUGGAGCAGCUCUUGCUGGACCUUUGGGAGCCUUUGGGGGCCCCAUUGGACUACCCCAUGGUGGUCCCCAGGGACUACUCAAGGCACCACAGGAUCUUCACAGGGAGGACAUUAAAGUUCCACUUGGACCUGCUGCUGAAGAGCGUUUGAGAAAUUCGGUAUCACCUGGCGAGAGGGAGAAAUAUCGCCCACGAACACCCCUAGAUAUGGAAGGUGAAGCAAAAAGGCGAAAGGAAGAAAAACUAACACACGUAAGUGAGAGUGAUGGUGAAAAAAGCGAUCAGGAUUUAGUUGUGGACGUCGCUAAUGAAAGGCAGGAAUCUCCUUCCCCUCGGCCAAAUGGUGAUCAUGCCUCCAUAGAAUCGAGAGAUCGCGAUCGUGACAGUAUUGGAUUAAAUGGUGAUCGUCCAGAUAAAGCUGGAAGUAGUUCAAAACCAUCAAGUCAGGAGCGUCCACCAUCGAGAUCAGGUUCAAGUUCAUCGCGUUCAACGCCAAAUCUUAAAACAAAGGACCUCGACAAACCAGGUACACCCGGUGGUAAGGCGAGAUCAACAACGCCCAAUGCUGCCGUAGCUGGAACACCUAAAUCCAAUGUCCCACCCGCACCGGCUGGUUAUCCACCGUCGCCAUAUCAGAGGCCAGCGGAUCCGUAUCAGCGUCCACCUCCGGAUCCAGCAUAUGGACGCCCACCGAUGCCCUUUGAUCCCCAUGGUCAUGUGCGGACAAAUGGAAUUCCCAUUCCUGGAGCCAUUACCGGAGGCAAACCAGCCUACUCCUUCCACAUGAAUGGCGAAGGAACCCUCCAACCUGUACCCUUUCCCGCGGAUGCUCUCGUUGGAUCCGGAAUCCCACGACAUGCCCGACAGAUCAAUACGCUCUCUCACGGUGAAGUAGUUUGCGCCGUGACGAUCUCAAAUCCCACCAAAUAUGUGUACACAGGCGGAAAAGGAUGCGUCAAGGUGUGGGAUAUUUCCCAGCCGGGUAGUAAAACCCCAGUUAGUCAGUUAGAUUGCCUGCAAAGGGACAAUUACAUUCGUUCAGUGAAACUUCUUCCCGAUGGACGAACGCUAAUUGUUGGUGGUGAAGCAUCUAAUCUGUCUAUUUGGGAUCUUGCGAGUCCAACACCGCGAAUUAAAGCGGAACUCACAUCAGCAGCACCCGCGUGCUAUGCCCUCGCCAUCAGUCCCGACUCCAAAGUGUGCUUCUCCUGCUGCAGUGAUGGCAAUAUUGCCGUUUGGGAUCUUCACAAUCAGACACUUGUACGGCAGUUCCAAGGACAUACCGAUGGAGCGUCAUGUAUCGAUAUCAGCCCAGAUGGUUGCCGAUUGUGGACUGGAGGCCUGGAUAAUACGGUACGAUCGUGGGAUUUACGGGAGGGGCGACAGCUACAGCAGCAUGAUUUCAGUUCGCAAAUCUUCUCACUUGGCUACUGUCCCACAGGAGAAUGGCUGGCAGUUGGUAUGGAGAAUUCCCACGUGGAGGUUCUUCAUGCGACAAAAACAGACAAAUAUCAACUUCACCUGCACGAAAGUUGCGUUCUAUCGCUGAGAUUUGCAACGUGUGGCAAAUGGUUUGUCUCCACAGGAAAGGACAAUCUUCUCAAUGCAUGGCGUACGCCAUAUGGAGCGAGUAUAUUCCAGUCGAAAGAAACAUCUUCAGUUCUUAGCUGCGAUAUUUCGACAGAUGAUAAGUACAUUGUAACAGGAUCAGGAGAUAAGAAGGCAACAGUUUAUGAAGUUAUUUAUUAAAGAAAAAAGCUAAGAGAAGAAGAAAACCCAAAAAAAAUACCUUGACAAAGUGUGCAAAGAAAUUUUAUUUCUUACCCCACACAAUGAAGACUGACUUAAGAUGAGACGAAAUGGCGGGGACACCGAAGAAGAGAUUCAUCCUUUGGUAAGGAAUGUAAAAAAAAAGAAAUGUGACACGAGAGAUGAAGAAAAUCUCGUAAGAAAAAUUGUAGAAUAUAUUUGACGUUAAAUAUUCUUGAGAGAAAAGAAGCAAAGGCUCUGUUCCCAAGAUCAAUGUUUAAUGUUUGACUUUAAUAUUUUCUUGAUUGUCUUUUGUGUACGUUCUUCCGUUGAAUUGAUGUAUUUUUAUAUUUUUUACAUCUAAAUGUAAUUUGAAAAUGAAUAAGAACCAGUGCUUGCUAGAAGAGCUUUGAUUGGCGGAUAAAUUCGGACAAAGCAUUCUCAUUGGCUGCUUCACUUGUAUACGUCACAACCAGGCGGAGCUUGGGUGAAAGGUUGAUUUGAAAAGAGUACAAGUACAUAUUUUUCUAUUCCUGAACUUUUUCUUUUAAAUGUUCUAAAGAGUUUUUCUUUAUGACUUUCAUGAUUCAGAAAAUCCCUAAAAAAAUUUCUUCCUUUUUUCCUUCAAAAUUAAGGUCAAAAUAUAAUCAUUGACGUUGGGAAGGAUCUUUAAUUUAACAAAAAAAAAAUGAGAGAAAAAAAGAAAAAAAUAUGCUCUAUGUGUAUGUAAUUUUGAGAAAAUGAUUUAAAAACUUAAGAACUCUAAUGGUAAACGCAGUGGAAAUAAAAGUGAGAAUGAAAGAAUUUGUAUAAUUUUAAAGUAAAAAAACUAUUUACAUAAAGUAAUGUGAAUUUAAUGCACAUGUGAUAAAUCCACAAAUUAAUAGCACAUUCGUACAAGUUUAAAUGGAAAUAAAUUAAAUGAAAAGCAAGAAGAAGAAAAUAUAUUUAAAAAUGAUCUUUUAGAUAUAGAGCCAGGUCAGUGAAAAUUUGAAUUUUCCUUCCUAAGAAAAAACAAGCUUAUAUAUAUAUCACAUGGAAGGAUAAAUUGAAAGAGAAGAAAAAUUACGAAUGGAAAAGCUUGCGCGAGGAGAAAAGAAAAUCUAAAUGUAAAAGAAAUUUAAUUUAAAAAUGAAUUGAUGCUAAAAUAGGAUUUAAAAAUAAAAAGAAAAGAUUUAGAUUGUAAAGGUAAUGUGAAAGAAUACAUUAUAUUAUUGUAAUGUCGCACACGUAAUCACUAAUAAGUAAAUGUAAUUAAAUUGACGUUCGCAGCAGAGUGUCGUGUAAAAAAAAAACAAUGCGUUUUUGGCUAAAUUUCCAAGGACAACGUCACACAGAAGUGACUUGAAGAAAAAAAAUUAAAAUUAUCAUUUCCCACAUUUUCUCUCUAUCUAUCUUUAGGAAGAAAUCAUUAUCCUUCAGCAAACCAUUAAUUUUUUUUAAUUAAAAAAAAGGAAAACGCAGCUUAAACAUUUUAAUGAUGGAGUUUAAUUUUUUAGAUGGAGCCAGAAAACCACGGAAAAGUCGUGGAAAUUGCAGAGAAUUUUAAAAAUAAAUAGAGUUUAGAAAAUUAAGAAAAAAAAGAAUAUGAAGAAACUCACUAUAUUGUAUUACAGAAA